UUUCGUUCUGCGCAUGUGAUGCUUGGGCAACAUGACCCUGAUUCAGCUCUUUGGAUAUUCACUACCGACAGUCGACGCCAACAUCCAAUCCCGGUCCAUGUGUUCCUUGGUGACUUGCUCUCGAAGAAGCGAUGGUUGAGUACAAGUUGCAUUUCUUCUGCUCGAAGGAUGUGCUUUGCGGAAAACAUCAACUCGCUCGGUGGAGGAGAAGAACUCGGAUAUAUCAGGUCUUCAAUCACAAAUAAAUAGCGGAACACACCCUGAAGCAUUCUUGAUAUUAUCUUGAGUGCGGUACUACGCGAUCAUGUCAUAUGCAGCGUUGUCUGUUUCCUAUGUCUACAAGUAUCGCGUAUGACGGUUGCACAAUUUAUAGCCUGUGGCGUAAGCCUAUGAUUCUUUCUAAAUUCGGAACAACUGAGGCAUCGACUCCAUCACAUAAUUACAUGAGGUAACAGCUCGCAACUGGCCAUGAAGAGUUCGGUUACCACGAGCGCUAGCCAGCUGUGGCAUGCAGCUCGUCCAUUUCGAUAAACAUCACACUACCUACUAUCUCGCCAGGCUUCUACUCAUACACCCGACAAAAGAAAUCGCAAGGAAAUCACCCAGAUAUCUGUCCCGACCACAAGUCAGCAAUCAUGGCCAGUCCACUACGAUGGGGUAUCCUCGGCACCAGCUUCAUCAGCCACACGGUCGUUGACGCCAUUGCCCAGAGCCCAGGAUCCACAGCGCACGCGGUAUUCGGACGAGACGAAGCUAGACUCGCUGCUUUUGCCAAAAAAUUCAACAUCGCGAAGCGAUAUACAAGCAUCGAAAGCCUGCUCGACAAUGACGAGGUGGAUGUGGUAUACGUUGGACUGCCGAACCACAUGCAUCAUGAUGCCGUGGUAGCCGCGGCUAAGCGAGGCAAGCAUUUGUUGUCGGAGAAGUCACUGUGUACUACGAUGCAAGAUGCUCAAUCCAUGGCGCAAGCAUGCCGAGAAGGGAAAGUUUUCUUUCUUGAAGGUCUGAUGUAUCUCUGCCAUCCAGUGAUGGAGAAAGUGGGCGAGAUCAUCCGGUCGGGUGAGCUUGGUGAGCUGCGAUCGUUGAAUGGGCACUAUGCGGCGAAUAUCUGGAAGAAGGCGAAUCCAUUGGGAAUGGGGACCAUCUAUAAUUUAGGAUGCUAUCCGGCGUCGUUGAUGCACUUCAUCGUGGAGACGUCUUCGGGGAGAGAGGCGUUCACCAAACGUCACGUGCAGGCUAGCGGCAAUCGACACCCCGAAACGAACGUGAUCCAGGAUGCUUCUCUCAUUGUGCGUUUCGAGGAUGGUAUCUUGGGGAAUGUGUUCUCGACCGAUAGUUAUGGUAAUGAUUUUGGGUUCACUGUGAUGGGCGAUAAGGCCGUUAUGCGGUUCAAGACAAAUCCCUGGCUUCCUAAAGCGGGGGACAACAUCAUUGAAAUCAAGCCAUAUAAGGGUGAUGCCCGCCAGAUCGUUGUGUCUGGCGAAUUCGAUGCAUUUGGAUACCAGGUUAGAAAAGUUGAGGAUUACUUGAAAAGUGGGCGUCUUGAAGCAGCGCGGCCGUCACUCAAUUUGGAGCAGUCUGUAGAUCUGAUGGGUUUGCUGACGGAAUGGGAGCACAGUAUCGCGUGA